GUCUUCUGUUCAGUAAUUGUUUAAUCUUUGUGUAGGUUACACAUUUUCACCGAGUUGAACAUUCCGAACUUUUGUGGUAUUGAAGUUUUUACAAACACAUACAGUCUGGAUAAACAGUCUUGAUCUGUCACUCAUUUGAAUUCUGCUGAUUAGCCCUGAAGUUGGCCAUUGGUAAAAAUAAGCUGUGUUAUUUAACUUAUUUCUUGUGUCUUCUGUAAAGCUGACAAUAUUUCAUAAACAUGGGGAAGAUACGGAGAGUAAGAGAAAAAUACCAUUCUGUAGCAAAGAAAAAUCUCAAAAGUUCUUCUGAAGACAACAAGAUGGUAGCUGAAGAAAAUGAUAACAUUGUAGGAUUAUCAUCUGAGGAAGUGGCUUCUAAUAUGGUGAUACAAGAUAAUAUAUUCAGUACAAUUAAUAUAGAUAAAUCGAAACUCAGUCAAAGACUCCCUGAUUUUGAUGCCAGAUCAGCUAUAACCAGUAAAACAUUGAAAGGACUUAGCCUGAAGAAGAAGGAUAAAUUGAAAUUAAGAAGGGAAUAUUUCAUGCAAAAAAUCAAUGCUAUAGAGGUAAAGAAAAAGAAAGAUAAAGAAAGAAAGAAAAGAGAGAAAACAGCUGUAGUUGGUGAUAUGGCUGUAAUAGAAGAAGCUUUACCUACCUUAGAUUUAUUAAUGAAGACAUCCACCACAAAAGAGAAAGUGCCUCAUGUUCCCAAGAAGAGAUGUGUACAGAAGGCUAAGAAUAGAGUUAAGAAAGGAUUAAGCAAUAUAAAAUCAUUUAAACAAGUUUUAAAACAUUCAGCUUUCAAAAACAACCCUGGUGCUACAAUUAAUGAACAUUUACAUAAUAAACUGAAACAAGAAGAAAGUGAUGAAUCCUAACAGUAAUUAAACAGUCUUACUUCUAGGACUUUUCACUAUAUAUCUUCUCAAUAAUAAAACAUGAAAUGAUGUCAUCUUAAAUGCAUAUUGGUACUUUACAUAGAUGUCUGUGGAGCAAUCUUGUUUCUUAAUCAAUAUUAAUUUUGUGGGCAAUUAUUGGUUUACUUGCUAUUUUUUAAGAAAACAGGAAUAAGGAUUACCUGAAUAUUCGGAAAUUCUGAUUUCCUUCUAGUGUCAAAAUUCUGAAUAACAACACUAAAAUACCCAAAUAAAUCUGAUCUCUUUCGGCCAAUUUGCAAAAAAUAUACAGUAAUUUCUAAUUAGAUUUAUAAUUGUAGUAGUUAUUAAUGAUAGAUGAAUGAAUAAGUGCAUAAGGUUGAAUGAUUGAAAUGUACAUGAAUUAAUUUAAUUAGACCAAUGUACUGUCAUGUUGAAAUGAAAUAUAUUAAAGCAGAUACAUGUACCAUGAAUGUAUUUUCAUCUUUCAUUAAAAUAUAUUUUUU